AUGUCGUCAAGGUCAGAUAGAGCAUGUAUGCUCUGUGGGAUAAUACAGCCUUUCAGGCACUUUAUUGAUCGUGGGUGUCCCAACUGUGAAAGUGUCUUACAUUAUCAGGAUAAUGAAGACAACCAAGUCCAAGAUUGUACAUCGCCUUCUUUCGAAGGUUUGGUGGCUUUAGGUGACGAUAACAAGAAAUCAUGGGUGGCCAGGUGGCUAAGAAUAGACUCGUUUGUCCCUGGAUUGUACGCUGUGAAGGUGACUGGUAAACUUCCACCUCAUAUAAUCAGUGACUUGGCUGAACAAAAUGUAAUCUAUAGACCAAGAGAUGGCAGUGCUGAAGACUAG